UAACAGGGCGGGGCCGAGGUUUUGUUAGUCUUGUUUCGAUUCGUUGCCGUUUUUUUUACAGCGCCUGAUGCGUAAUUUCCGUUGUCAAGUGCGCAGCCAUGGAGAGCCGGGGUCGGUGAGCGGCGCAGGCCCGGUGUCCGCUGUACCUUACUCCUUAAGCUGAACCAGAGCGAUGUGUAAGAACUGAGGAACACGGGCUGGCUUGUGUCACAGGUUACUUCUGCAAUUGCGUGACACACAAGGACCCCUUUUGACUUCAACUACACUGGAAUUUUGGAAAAAAUACUGCAUUAUGCGAAAAAAGAUGAGAGGAUGAAGAGGAGAGCAUCUGAAAGGGAUGCCGGAGAGACCUCAGCAAGGUCCAAAGCUCUCUGCAGUAGCAUCUCUGGAAGUAAUGCUAAGAGGGCAGGGCCAUUCAUUCUAGGGCCUCGUUUAGGAAACUCUCCAGUUCCCAGUAUUGUUCAGUGCUUGGCACGGAAGGAUGGUACAGAUGACUUUUACCAGCUAAAGAUUCUAAGUUUGGAGGAAAGAGGUGAUAAAGCAGGGGAGACGCAGGAGGAGAGACAGGGCAAAAUGCUUCUUCAUACAGAGUACUCACUUCUGUCUCUUCUUCAUAAUCAGGAUGGAGUGGUUCACCAUCAUGGCCUCUUCCAGGACAGGACCUGUGAAAUAGUGGAAGAUCUAGAAGCCAAUAAAUUAGUUCGGAAAAUGAGAAAACGCAUAUGUCUUGUUCUGGAUUGUUUAUGUGCACAUGACUUCAGUGACAAAACUGCUGACCUCAUCAACCUGCAGCAUUAUGUUAUAAAAGAAAAGCGCUUAGGAGAGCGUGAGACUGUUGUCAUUUUCUAUGAUGUUGUUCGGGUUGUGGAAGCCUUACACAAGAAGAAUAUAGUACACAGAGACUUGAAACUGGGCAACAUGGUGCUGAACAAGAGGACUCAUAGAAUAACUGUCACCAACUUUUGCCUUGGGAAACACUUGGUGAGUGAAGAUGACCUUCUGAAAGAUCAGAGAGGAAGUCCAGCAUAUAUCAGUCCUGAUGUGCUCAGUGGUCGUCCUUACCGGGGCAAACCAAGUGAUAUGUGGGCUUUGGGUGUUGUACUUUUUACCAUGCUCUAUGGACAGUUUCCUUUCUAUGACAGCAUACCUCAGGAACUGUUCCGGAAAAUAAAGGCAGCAGAAUAUUCAAUUCCAGAAGAUGGGCGAGUAUCAGAAAGUACUGUGUGUCUUAUUCGAAAACUGCUUGUCCUGGACCCCCAGCAGCGCCUAACAGCAUCUGAAGUUUUAGAGUCCCUUGGUGCCAUUAUCUCUUCAUGGCAGUCCAUGUCUUCUCUUAGUGGCCCUUUGCAAGUUGUUCCUGACAUAGAUCACCUGACAAGUCUGGAGAACUCGCAAGAGGCAAAAGUGACAGAAGAAUCCUCACAGUAUGAAUUUGAGAACUAUAUGCGACAACAGCUCCUGCUGGCAGAAGAGAAAAACACAAUCCAUGAAGCCAAAAAUUUCCCACAAAAGCGUCACUUUGGUAAUUUCCCCCCCAUUAGAAGACUGGGAUAUGAUGCUCAGCCCGUUAGCCCAUUGGACGCUGCCAUAUUGGCUCAGCGAUACCUUCCUCCUCCACACAUGGCUCUUUCUAAUUCUCACUAGCGCAUUGCUAUUCUGGACAAUUCAUUCUUGGAACCCUUGUUGAAGGGAAGUAGCUUUCCUUGAUGAAAAGAUUAUGCGGUGCUAGAUAUCUCCUCUUAAGUCAUUCUUGCUUCCUUCCUGAUUGAUUUACCUUGUACUCAUAUGUUUCCCAGUUUUAUGACACCACCUUGAGUUCUAAAGCAAUACUUUUACAGCACAAGAAUAUUAUUAUAAUGUAGCAUUUUUUUUUUCAACAGACUCCUGUAUGCACCAAGACUUUUGUUUUAUAUGAUUUUCUUCUUUUUAAAUGGAACAUUUGUUGGUUUCUAAUUUUGAAAUGCUGCUGUGCAUUUCAGACAUCAGUGUGCAGCACAAAGUUUUCAUGGCAUUAAGGGGUCUUCUAAGAAGUUAUCUCCACCUUUUUUUUUCCCCAUGCCUCCCUAUUCCAUCUUAGAGGGAAAGCCCCCUUCCUUCAAGAAGAAUCUGCUUUUUUUUUUUUAUACAGAUAUAUACAUAGACAUUAAAUCUACCUCUGUUUUUUAGCAUUGAGUUCCAUGGUGUGGGCACACAUGGCAUUAGAAAGUGUCUGCUUUGGAACAUUUAUUUGGUAUUUGUUGAGACAGUUUGUACCCCUUUAAACAAACAGGGUGACAUAGCCUAGAUAAUGUGUACAUAUAUAAAUAAAUAAAUAUAUAUAUAUAUAUAUAUAUCCUUAUAUAGAGGUAUAUAUUUGAUAUUGAAUAUCUGCUGGAUUGCAAUAUCCUCUUUCGAUGAAUAAGCUGUGUUAUAACUAUCAGGAUUAUAACUUCCCAUUUUCUUUCAACGUCAUCUAAAAUGUCUUGUUUUUUUAUUAUAAUGCUUGCAUAUUUAUUAGAAGGUUUUUUCUUCUUGCAGUCACAAAGCACAGGCUAGGUAUGCUCAGAUUAGUCAGAAAUUAUUUGCUAAGCUACACUAAGUAAUAUAAAUAUGAUUGAUGUAGCAGUGCUAAGGUUUUUGGGAAUUCUGUGUGCAAAAUGUCCUUUUUUUUUUUUUUCUUCCUUAAUUUGAAAAACGAAUGGCUUAGUGUGGCUUCUAUAAGCAAGGUAUCGGUGUAAGUAGAUAUCUGUGUAUGAGGACAUCGUUUAUUAUGCUGACAGUACAUUUAAUCUCUCAAUGUAUGUAUAUGCGUGCGCACGCGCGCACACACAUAUAUAUGAAGCUCCUGUAUUUUCUGCAUUCUCCUUGAAAACUCCGUAGAGCACAAUUGUGUAUUUUUAAUACUAGAUUUGGUGAAUGCCUCUGCUGAUCCAGUCAGCUUCCAGUCAUAUCUGAAGAUAAUCUGAAUGUAUUGUUAACCCAAAUUAGGCUUUGUCCUUAAGUUCCAGUAUCUGUUUACUGUGCAAUAAGUAAAUGAUUUUCUGAGCAUACAUUUUACCCUUUAGGCCAGAUUCACAUUCACAGUGUGGCAUUCCAUACAUAAACUGUAAUUACAUCUGACCAGUUGCAUGGAAUUCUGAUAUGUAUGCAUCCAAUAUCCCAGCAAUCUCUUGCAGUGUACUUCAAACUUGAUCUGAACCUUAAAAUCUGGAUGUAUGACACAUUUGAUUAGUUUUCCAAAACCUUAUUGGGUUGCCCUUACUCUGACUAGUUUGACAGCGCAACUAAAAUAGGUUGUACAAAGCUUUGAAGUCUUGUGUGCUCUUGUCUUUUUGACAGAAUUGUCAUCAGAUGGGAAAUGCCACAGAGUACCUAACUCUGACGGAGUACUGCGUUCUUAAACUACUAUGCAUUUUUUUUUCUUUCCCCCUGGCUAACCAAGUAGCCAUCACUUGUGAGGUUCUCCUUGCCUGGCCAUUACACUAUAUGAAUAUUUAAAACCCUUGGGUAUGGAGUUUGUUGCAAAGAUGUACUUGUUUCCCUGAGAGGAAAUUGAACUAAUCCCCCAGUGUUUUGCAGAUGAAGAGCCUUUUAACUUGAGCCAAAUUCAAUGCCAUUUUCUUGCCACAACUUUUUACAUCCAGUAGCAGUUGUAGGGUUACUGUCCCUCAGAAUAGGGUCCGUUUCCCACACUAAUCAUCUUUAUUAAGUGUAAUACGUUAAGCUCAUUGAUUGUGAAGUCUGACAUUUCAUAGGGAUAGUUUCUAUACGCAUGUGCCAGGUUACGCCUUUUAUUGCAAUGUGCUACAUUACUUGUUGCAGAAAGGUUACAUGCUUCACUUCCAUCUAAAAAUUGUCUUUGUAUGGUGCUUGUUGUAAAUCUGACUUUGUUAACCACCAAUGGUAAAGGUUAAAAUACCUAAAAUUGCUAGAUGGUCCAUUGAAUAUGUGUAAUCAUUAUACUGCACGUUACAAGGUUCUGAUUAAAGCCUAUUUAUAUGAGGAGAGCUCCUAUCUGUCAGUCACCAGAGCUUGGGGGGUGGGGGGGGUGUUAUUGUACUGCCGGUGGUCAAGCAGUCACUAGACACAGUACUCGGUAAACAUCAUACACCCAAGUUUCUAAUAUAGGGAAUUUUCCUGUCUUUGUGGUGUGGUGAAAAGAUAAUGUUUGAUCUAUAGCUUUGCAAUAUAGUAACAACCCCAACAAUACACAGUCAUCAGUAAAUCUUAAGAUUAUUAUACCUGUGUUCAAAUACUUAAGUUGCAGAUGUGAUGGAGCUUGCAGAACUAAACAUUGCUGCAAAGCUUGGUCACCCCAUGCAUUGGAUCCCUGAUUUUUUUUUUUUUUUUUUUUUAUUGCGCUGUAGAGAUUUUCUGAUUAAGGUUCCUCUCAAAACCAUAACAUUUUGAGUCUGGGGCAUUUUGUGGAUAGGCAUGGAUAGUUGUCCUGUCCAUGUUACCUGUCUCUCUUCACUUCAGACUUUAUAGAUCAAAUUGUACAUUCUGAGUUUAUCUGGUGGCUGCUACCAUCUUU